AUGGGGGUGCCUGUCAUCGGCUGUGAUUGCCCAACUUGCCAAAGCACCAACCUUAAAAACAAGCGGACACGUUGUGGUUUGGUAAUCGGCCUGCCCGAGGGCAACCUGCUGGUCGAUACCCCCACCGAGUUGCGAUUGCAGUUGGUGCGUGAGCACAUCGGGCUGAUCCAUUCCGUGCUGUAUACGCACGAUCACGCCGACCACAUCUUCGGGCUCGACGACGUACGGUUGUUCCCCUACUACCUGGGGCACAAGCUACCGUUGUUCUGCGAGGAGAUGGUCGAGCAGCGGAUCCGCAAGUCGUUCGAUUACGCGUUUCAAGAUCUAUCGCCCAAACAAAUGAUGGGUGGCAUCCCGCAGCUCACCUUCGAGCGCAUCGGCCUGGAUCCCUUCGAGGUGUUGGGCACCCGCUUCACACCCAUCCGUUUAAUUCACGGCCGGUUCGAGGUGCUGGGCUUCCGCUUCGGCAAUGUUGCCUACUGCACCGACACGAACCACAUUCCCGAGGAAAGCUGGCCGCUGCUGGAAGGGCUCGAUGUACUGAUUCUCGAUGCCCUCCGCGAAGCCAAGCACCCCACGCACUUCUGCCUGGAAGAGUCGAUCGAGGUCUCCCAGCGAUUGAAACCGCGACGCACCAUCUUCACGCACAUGUCGCACGAUUUAGAACAUGAGAAGACCAACGAGGCCUUGCCCGAGGGCAUGGAGUUGGCCUACGACGGUCUGAGAAUUGAGCAUUUGCUCGCAUUCUGGGAUGAUCUAUCCCCCGCCGAGCAAGAAGAACUCAGUGCCAGCUUAGCCAAGGUCGACUUCACCGAGAUCGAAGCCCUGCUAGCUCGCGGUCCUCUGAAGGACGAUGGCGGGGCCGAUGUCCAACGAGCCACCGGGCCCACUGCCGUGCAGCUCGACGACCCAGGCCGGGAUGAGGCGGCCGAAAAGGCUAUCGGCCGGGGGAGUGAAGCCCUGAAAGCGGGUCAGGUGGGCGUAUUGAUCGUCGCCGGAGGGCAGGGGAGCCGGCUGGGGUUCGAGCAUCCCAAGGGCAUGUUCCCCAUCGUGCCCGAUUCCGGGCGGACGUUGUUUGAAAUCUUCAUCCAGAAGCAGCUCGAGCAAGCCGCGGCCCACGGUGCGGCCAUUCCUCUGUACCUGAUGACCAGCCCUGCCACGCAUGAGGAAACGGUCGCGUUCCUCGAGAAUCACAAUCGUUUCGGCUUACCUGCGGACGACUUGCACAUCUUCUGCCAAGGAACCAUGCCGGCGGUCGAUGCGGCAUCGGGCAAAUUGUUGCUGGCUUCCAAGGGGAGCCUGGCACUGAGCCCCGACGGUCACGGCGGCAUGGUCUCGGCCCUCAAUCGCACCGGACUGCUGGAUGACAUGCAGCAGCGAGGGAUUCGCCAUCUGUUCUACAUGCAGGUCGACAAUCCCUUGGUGGCGGUCGCCGAUCCCGAGUUCUUGGGCCAUCACCUCAACAGCAAUUCAGAAAUCUCGACUCAAGUGGUACGGAAGACCGAUCCGGCUGAAAAGGUUGGCAACGUCGUAACCGUCGACGACCGGCUGCAGAUCAUCGAGUACAGCGAUCUGCCCGAGGAGGCUGCCCAGCGGCGAGACGACUCCGGCGAAUUGGAACUUUGGGCCGGCAACAUCGCGGUUCACGCCAUUGAAGUCGACUUCUUGCAGCACGCCGCCGAGCAUCUCGAAACGCUGCCUUGGCAUUUCGCCCUGAAGAGUGUGCAGCACGUCGACGCCGCGGGAAAAGAGGUGAAGCCCUCGGAGCCCAACGCCUACAAGUUCGAACGAUUCGUGUUCGACCUGCUCCCACAUGCCAAGAACGCCAUCGCGAUCGAAGUCCCCCGCAGUUCCGCCUUCGCCCCGCUCAAAUCGGUCGGGAAACUCGUGGGACUAGCGACCAUUCGAAUAGCUGAAGCUCCGGCACCGCUGGGCAAGCCAGCGGGGGCACCCUCGGAGUUUUCUCAUCUGAUGGAGGAAUCCCUGACGCGGCCACCGGUGACAAUUUGUUCUGGAACCCGAUUCUGGCCAGCCAGCCGCAAAUUAACCCCCAAGCAGUUGUUGCCGCUGGCCGGCGAGCGUUCGAUGCUGCAGGACACGGUUGCCCGAAUAUCAGACUUGGUGCCGGGCGAACGAACGCUGAUUGUCACCAACGAGGCCCUGGUCGACAGCAUUCGCCAACAACUUCCGGAGCUGCGCCCCGAGUCGAUCAUCGGCGAACCCUGCAAGCGCGAUACGGCUCCCUGCAUUGGGUUGGCGGCCAACAGCAUUGCGGCCGAAGAUCCGGAUGCCACGAUGGUGGUGAUGCCGGCCGAUCAUGUGAUUUCUCCUCGCGAGAAGUUUCAGGCGGCGCUCGAAUUUGCGGCUUCUCUGGUCGACGAAAAGCCCGAGCGGAUUGUCACGUUCGGCAUUCGCCCGACUUAUCCGGCCGAAAGCUUCGGCUACAUCGAAGCCGGGAGCACGAUCGAAGUGCCGGCCGACGCGGCAAAGAAAAUCGAUACGUCCGCUUAUCAGGUGAAGCAGUUCCGUGAGAAGCCGAAGGCCGACGUGGCGAAGCAGUAUCUCGAUGCGGGCAACUUCUACUGGAACUCCGGUAUCUUCGUUUGGAAAGCCGGCAAGAUUCAACGAGAACUCUCCGAGCGCGAACCGGAGAUGUUCGCCCACUUGAAGGCCAUCGCCGACGCUCAAGGCAGUUCCGGCUACGACGAAGUGUUUAAACGCGAGUUCACGGCCAUCCAAGGGAAAUCGAUCGACUUUGCCGUGAUGGAGCACGCCACCGACGUCGUGGUGAUCGAAGCCCCCUAUGAUUGGGAUGACCUGGGAAGUUGGCAAUCGCUGACUCGCCUGCACGAGUCGGAUGAAAACGGCAAUGUGAUCAUCGGCGACCACGUCAGCAAAAAUACCGAAGGAUCAAUCAUCCGCGGAGAGAAAGGGCAUCUCAUUGCCACGCUCGGCCUCAAGAACUGCAUCGUCGUUCACACCCCCGACGCCACACUGGUGGCCAACAAAGACGACGAAGAGUCGAUCCGCGAUAUCGUGAAGCUGAUUGGCGAGCACAAGUUGGAUCGAGCCAGUAGAGAGUUCUCGGUGCAGGUUCGCGAAAUUGCUCUGCAAUUGUUUGCACUCCGCUCUCACUUUCGGCAGAAUUGGCAGCCACACGAUACGGCUUACAAACUCUGCGAUUCUUGCACGGGGGUAGGUGCCAUGGCGGCGAAGAAAAAGGCGGCGGAUGCUCCGGAUUUUCCGAAGCUGAAGAAGAACGAGUUCUUUUGGGAAGGAACUUCUAAGUUGCCUGCGUGGGCAGGAUAUCAAGAUCGAAGCGGGAACUAUGGCUCGCCAGGGUCCCGCCGUGCCUCUACGGGCAAGGUCCUGGUCUCGGUCACCAUUCCUGACGACAAGAAGUCUCCUUCGCCACAGCAGAUUGCCGCCUUUGCUCAUGUACAGAAAAGCCAGGAGAAGCUGCGCGACGCGAUGCUCACCAGACUGUUUAAGGAAUAUCCGCAGCUUCAAAAAGAGUUCGGUUAUUCCGAUGAAGAAGCCGAAGAGUUGAUGCCCAACAUCAAGUCGAAGGAUGAUUUCAAGAACUUGAUUGGUCUGCAUACCCUACAUGUGCUGAAUGUGGCCCAUCGCGGGAAGGCCUAUAUCGGUUUCGAGUUCGGCUGCAGUUGGGAUAUGGAGCACGGUCUUGGCUGUAUGACCCAUGGUAGUCGGAUCGUGGAAAUGGGCGGAGCCGACUCGUCAUUUAUGGAGUGGAUUGCCGAGUCUGUCUCCAGUGGAACACGCGUUCUAAACGGAGCCACUCGAGUUUCCAAUCGUCGUUCCUCCUCUUUACCCGGCCGUGUGGCGGCCAUUGAUUACGGUACGGUUCGCAUCGGGGUGGCCGUGAGCGAUGCGUUGCGGAUGCUGGCCAGCCCGUUCGAGACGUAUACCCGCGUGGGCCGGGAAGACGACGCCCGCCACUUUCAGCAGCUGGCCGCCGAAGAGUCGAUCGUCUUAUUCGUGGUCGGGUUGCCCGUGCAUUUGGACGGCCGCGAAAGCGAGAAGUCGGGUGAAGCUCGCGAGUUCGGGCGAUGGCUGGCCGCGGCGACGGGCGUUCGCGUGGUGUUUCACGACGAGCGGUUCACUUCAGUCGAGGCCGAUGCGAAAAUGGGAGAUGCAGGCCUGACGCGAAAGCGGAAGAAAAACCGCCGUGACAUGGUGGCCGCCCAGAUUCUGCUGGAGUCGUUUCUCGAGUCGGGUGCUGCUGUGGCGACGCCCAAACUCAUCGUUGGCUGCGGUUACCUCGGAUCGCGGGUAGCCCAGCGCUGGUUGGAGCAGGGCGACCGGGUAUUCGCACUCACGCGGAGUAACGAGCGGGCCAACGAGUUUCGCGCGUUGGGAAUCGAACCGGUGGUGGGGGAUGUGACCGAUCCGGAGUCGCUCGGCGAGUUGCCUGCGGUGCAAACCGUGUUGUACGCCGUGGGGUUCGACCGCAACGCCGAACCCAGCAAGCGAGAAGUGUAUGUCACCGGGCUGAAGAAUGUUCUGGCCGCUUUGCCGGUCGAUACACGGCAACUGAUCUACAUCAGCUCGACGGGCGUUUACGGUCAGACCGACGGCGAUUGGGUCGAUGAGAGUUCGCCCGCCGAGCCAAUCACGGAAGGGGGCCGCAUCUGUCUCGAAGCCGAGCAGCUACUGCUGCACGACGCGUUUACCUGGAAGUGGACCAUUCUCCGCCUGGCCGGCAUCUACGGUCCGAAGCGGAUUCCCCGAGUGGCAGCGCUAAAGGCUGGUGAGCCCAUUGCUGCGCCCCAGAGCGGUUACAUGAACCUGAUCCACGUCGACGAUGCGGCCACGGUAGUGCUGGCCACUGAGCAGCAAUCCAAGACCGAUCUCUACAAUGUCUCCGACGGCCAUCCCGUGGAACGGACAGAAUACUACAACGAACUCGCCCGCCUGGUCGGCGCUCCCGCGCCCAAGUUCGUUGAACCCUCGGCCGAACAUCCCGCCUCACAACGGGCCCUUUCGAGCAAACGUGUCGGCAACCGCCGCAUGCUGGAAGAACUGAGCGUUCAACUAGCCCAUCCCAGCUACCGCGAAGGCCUGGCGGCCGUGGUGGCGGAGGAAGUUUGA